UGCGCCAAUAAAAUAUCGAUGCUUGACCCGAACAUAUAAAAUUGUAUUUCAAAGAUAUACUUUAAAUAAUAAUUACGUGUGAAAUUUAUAAUACCGUCUUAAUAUUGUGAAUAUAUUACAAGAAUCGAUUUUUUAUUGUUGAUUUAAAUUAUAUUUUUUAUUUAUGGCCGCUUCUAGAAACUGAUGCGCGCGCAUUCAGUGUUCCAUGUUUCUAAACAUGGCAGGUCGCAGUGGAUUUGACGAUGUUAAUUCCAGAGAUUUCGGUGGCGGUAGACGGACUGCUGGGGGCGUCCUCCCCUCUGAACCUCCUUACAAGGCUUACGUCGGUAACUUACCUUCCGGACUCAUUCAAGGCGAUAUAAACAGAAUUUUCCCUGAUUUAUCAAUAAAAAAUGUACGCUUGGUUAUGGAUAAAGAAACAGAUAAAUUCAAAGGAUUUUGCUAUGUGGAGUUCGAGUGUCUGGAAGACUUGAUGAAGGCAAUUGAAAUGAAUGGAGCUAUUAAUGUAGAUGGAAAUUUAAUCAAUGAUGUAGCCGAAGAAAGAAAUGACAGAGUGGGAUUCGACCGUGGCCGACGAGAGGGCGGCGGCGGGCGCGAGGGAGGUCGCGGCGGUGGCGGCGGCGCUGGCGGUGGCGGCUUCAGGAGAGACGGCGGGCGCGGUACGUACGACCACUUCGACGCGCUCGACCGCCGCGCGCCGCGCCACCAGGGUGGAGGGUUCACACACGAGCGCGAACGUGAGCGGGGAGGAGGCGGCGGCGGCGGUGGCGGCGGCGGCGAGCGGUGGGGCGAGCGCGACGGCGGCGAGCGAGCCUCGCGCGGCGCGUCCGAGGAGCCGCGCGGCGCGGGCGAGUGGGGCCGCAUGGGCCGCUCCGGCUCCAACGCGCCCGCCCGCCGCCGCGGCACCUACGACGACAUGCCGCCCGCGCGCCCAGACACGUCGGGCAGACCGAAGCUGGUCCUAGAGCCACGUACAGUGAAGGAGCCCGUGAACUCGCUGGCGUCGACCAGCCAGGCCUCGUCGAUAUUCGGCGGCGCGCGGCCGCGAGAAGAAAGACUCAAAGAGCUGGCGGGCGAAUAGGAGCCGCAUCCGCUACACUCACACCCGUACACUUACUCUUCUUUCCCGGUUCUGUGUGUAUAUGUAUCGUCCCGAUCCCGCAUUGUGUGCUCCGAUUUUUCAAAGUGCAUUCUGAAAUUGUAUAUGAAUACGAAGGAUUUUGUUAGGUUAUGAGGUUGUAAAUCAUUUUUAACAUGUAUUUUGUUAGCUUUAUUACGUGUAUCUAUGAGCUUAUAGUUGUUUCGUCGCUGCUCGCCGCUCGUUUUCGAGCGGGAAGUCAGCGCGUCGCUUGUUUUAUUGGAGUAUUAAAUUGCUAGUGUUUGUUUCGUCAAUUUCAAAGUUUGGGCCUGUGUGUACGUACGAUAUCGGCUUGCAUAAUAUUAAUUCAUUUACGACAUUAAACGCGUAAAGAUGUUUUUGGUUCCUUAUUUAUGUAUCUUGUAAACUAAUUAUUUUAAUUUUUACUGUAUUAUGUGGCGUCACGCCUCAUAACCGAUUUUCUGUUGUAUUUGUUUAUCAUUUAUUGAUUGUUUAGUUUAUUAGGUCUUGAAAAUUAAUCACUGAACGAGUUAUUAUGAACAUAAUUUAAGAGUUGAUUAUAAAGGUUAUGUAAUUACGGUGUCAUUAAUAAAUUAACUUCCACAUACUUGGAUUUCUACUUUGUUAGAUAUUGUGUAAUGUCACAAGUAACGUGGCAAAUAAAUAAAAAAAAAAUCGCAAAAUUGUAACAGAACAUAGAAAAACAAAUAAAAAGUGAAUUCUUUGUAA